CCCCCUCCUUUAAAAGAAAAAAAAUACGUAGUCGAUUAUAUUUUCUAACAAAAAGACUUUGUUGUCAUAUCUCAAAAAUGUCCCCCUCCACUAAGCGAGAGCUACAAAUAUAUAAUAAAUGUCGGUUAUGAAAAAUUCACCAUCAUCUUGAGUACAUCAGUCCUUCAAGGUCAAUGAGACCUGCAAUUACAUGAAUUAUUUAAUGAAGACCUACAAAGGGGAACUUCGCAGAUAGCGGUGGGGUGGAAUAGAGGACAAAGUUAUAAAUGUCGGACAAAAAUUGAAAUCCGAUAAAUUGUAUACUGAUGUUCCCAUUGGUCCACGAUUGGUAGUCAUUUAAUUCCUGCAUUAUUAUAGUUUGAAUAUUUCAUUCUUUUGGGGGUUGGGGGAUGUUGUAAUUAAUCUAUAGGAUUCAGUGUAUUGAAGAAGCGGUAACAUUGUGUGCGGUGGCUUGUACAGCGGUUUCAGGGUUUCUAAUGUGAAUUUUGAAGUGAUCUCUAUUGAAGAUGUUGAACAUGCACUUCAAGCCCCAAGGGCUUGUGGCAGAUUUAAUGCCAAACAUCAGACUAAUGCAGUUCUUCGGCCAUUUUAUCCUCAAUUACCAUGACGACAAUUCUGGAGCAUUACACACUCUACGACUUGGAUACUGUUGCAUUAAUCUUUUCUUCGUUUUACUGCAAUUUGGACUCAAUAUUGUCAACAUGGUUCUUCAGAGAAACGACGUCAAUGAUUUAGCCGCAAAUACAGUAACAGUUCUCUUCUUCCUCCACUGUGUCACCAAAUUCACCUAUUCAGCCAUUAGAAUGAAGUUAUAUUACAGGACUCUCGGUAUAUGGAAUCAAAGCAACAGUCAUCCAUUAUUCAUUGAGUCUAACAACAGAUUUCAUGCCAUCUCCUUGAAGAAGAUGAGAACGCUCCUGAUCUGCGUAUGUUCUUUCACAGCGUUCUGCGCUUUAGCUUGGACGUCCAUAACAUUCGUUGGUCCAAGCAAUCAUACUAUAAAAGACCCAGAGAAUGAAAAUGAAACAAUCACAGAGGAACUACCGAGGUUAUUGGUUAGAGCUUGGUAUCCUUGGGAUACCAUGUCUGGUAUGACCUACUAUAUUACCGUUGCUUUUCAGAUGUACUAUGUAGCUUUCUCUAUGUUCCAAGCUAACUUAUCAGACACUCUAUUUUGUUCUUGGUUAAUAUUCGCCUGUGAACAAUUACAACAUCUGAAGGAAAUCAUGAAACCACUCAUGGAACUAUCUGCCACCUUAGACACAUACGUACCUAAGAGUAGUGAUCUGUUCAGAGCCUCAAGUCAAACCAGAGAUCACAUAAAUGACUACGAUAAUAACAUGAAGAACGAAGAACUCAAUCUGAAGACCAUAUAUGACGCCAAGAAAGAACUAGGAGCACACAUCAGAUCAGGAGCCUUGCAAAGUUUUGGAAUUGGUGGCGGUAAUGUUGGUCCAAAUGGUUUAACGAAGAAACAAGAGCUUCUUGUUAGAUCUGCUAUCAAAUAUUGGGUGGAGAGACAUAAGCACGUUGUUAGGUUAGUAACAUCUAUUGGAGAUGCUUAUGGUGUGGCCUUGCUGCUUCACAUGUUAACUGCAACUAUCAUGUUAACUAUUUUGGCUUAUCAAGCAACUAAGAUUGAUGGACUGAACGUUUAUGCUGCUUCUACUUUGGGUUACUUGAUCUACGCUCUAGCACAAGUUUUCCAUUUUUGUAUUUUUGGUAACAGAUUAAUUGAAGAGAGUUCUUCAGUUAUGGAAGCAGCUUACAGUUGUCAUUGGUAUGAUGGUUCGGAAGAAGCAAAAACCUUCGUUCAAAUUGUUUGUCAACAGUGUCAGAAGGCUCUCUCCAUAUCUGGAGCGAAGUUUUUUACGAUUUCUUUGGAUCUUUUUGCUUCUGUCCUAGGAGCAGUGGUUACAUAUUUCAUGGUCUUGGUACAACUCAAAUAGUUAUCUAGAGUUUGGAAUAAUAGCAAAAAAUGGUUAGAUAUUGUACUCCACUACUCGAAGAAUGUUUGGGGAAAUAUUACGCUUCAAUAUUUUGUCCCAGAAGUAAACAUCAUUGUUUGAAACAAUGAAACCAUAAUUGUGAUAUAAUUGACGUUAAAUAGAAGAAUUAUUGAUAACAGCAAGAUAGUGUUAGUCAACAAUAAGAAAGUUCACAUU